AUUUCCCAUUAACGCUAUAUAUACAUGUCAAAAGUUCCAUUUAUUUACUGGCAAAAACACAAGAAAAAUCCAUUAAUUUGUUUCUUCCAUUUCCAAUACCAGAAACCAAUGGCCACCGCUUUUGAUUUUGCCGACUACUGCUACAUUUUCCUUUUCUGGAUAAUCGCUACUCUAUUGGUGAAUUCUUUCAUCAAAAGAUGCGCCAACUUUCGCUCCAAUGCUCGCCACCCACCAGGCCCACCAGCCCUACCCAUCAUCGGCCACCUUCAUCUUCUAAGCGCUCGACUACCGACGUCGUUAGAAGCCCUAGCCAAGCGCUACGGCCCUCUCAUGCAAAUAAGAAUCGGAACGUCAACUUUCCUUGUAGUUUCCGACACGUCCCUAGCUAAGGAAAUCCUGAAGACCCAUGAUGUUGAUUUCGCGUCUAAGUACGUGUUUGGUCCCCAACAGCACUCGAUAUACAAAGAUGACAGUUUCAUUAACUGUCCUUAUGGAACCUAUUGGCGGUUCAUGAAGAAGCUAUGCGUAACGAGGUUGUUUGCCGGUCCACAGAUUGACCGGUUCAUCGAUAUCCGAGAGCAGGAGACGUUGAAGCUAUUGAAAUCGCUUCUAGACAGAGCUAGCAAAGGAGAAGCAAGCGAUUUGAGUAUGGAGCUGUCGUCGUUGACCAACAAUCUGAUUUGUCGAAUGGCGAUGGGGAAGAAAUGGUCGGAGAAUCCUAAUCUGUCUAUAGAGAUUAGGAAUUUGGUUAGGAACAUUAUGGGGAGUGGUGCCAAGUUGGGGUUUACUGAAGUUUUUGGACCUUUGAAGAGAUUUGACAUCUCUGGAUAUGGGAAGAAGCUUCGGGAGGCACUUUGGUCGUUUGAUGGUGUUUUGGAGCAGAUCAUGAGGGACUAUGAAAAGAAUGAGAUGAAGGGUAGUGAAAAAGAAGAGAGAGAUGUGAUGGACAUAUUGUUGGAGACUUACAGAGACAAGAAAGCAGAGGUGAAGCUGACGAGAGAACAGAUCAAGUUUUUCUUCUUAGAACUAUUUUUGGCGGGCGUUGAUACCACAUCAGCAGCCAUUCUAUGGGCCAUGACAGAGCUCAUCAACCAUCCCCAAGUGUCGAAGAAGCUAAGGGUUGAGAUUGAAUCAGUUGUGGGGUCCAGCAGGCUAGUCAAAGAAUCGGACGUCCCCAACCUCCCCUACUUGCAAGCAGUCAUUAAGGAAACCCUAAGACUACACCCCCCAGGGGCGUUACUUCGAAGACAAUGCCACCACGAUUGCAAGCUUGGUGGGUUUGAUAUAAAGCAGGGAACCAAGAUUUUGAUCAAUUCUUACGCAAUCAUGCGAGACCCAAAGAUUUGGGAUGAACCGGAAAAGUUCCUACCGGAGAGGUUCUUGAACAAUUCCGGUGAUCAGACUUUUGAGCAGAUGGGAACCAAGGGCCAGGAUUUUCGUUUCCUUCCAUUUGGUAGCGGAAGAAGAUCAUGCAUUGGUCAACCACACGCUUCGAUAGUGUUGCACGGAACCAUCGGAUCCCUGAUCCAAUGUUUUGACUGGAAACUUAAAGAUGGGGAGAAGGCUGAUGUACAAGUUGUGAAGGGAUACGCAGGAGCGGUGGCACACUCUCUUGUGUGUUAUCCUAUCACACAUUUCGAUCCAUUUAAUUAAGGCAUGAUUAAUCCUUGAAUUGAAAGCUCUUUGUGUUGGUCUCAUUGGUGCUAAAGGUUAAUUAAUUAUCCUUGUAAAAAAAGGGUUAAGAAUCCUUGUAAAAUAAGUGUUUCCUAGCUAGCAUAUACAUCCAUGAGUACCGGGCAUGCAUGUACGUGUUUAGUGUUUCAUUUGUAAUAGCGAUUUUCUUUGCAUAAGGUGUGACGAGUUAUGGCCUUAUGGGUUCCUUA